GCUCCUCUCCCUCCCUCCCUCCCUCCCCGCAAUAGUAAAAUUCGGUUCUGGAAGGCAAGCGAGGCACGCACGCACGCACGAGAGAGGAGGGAGAGCGAGCGAGCGAGCAGGAGAUCUCUAAACAAUUCCCUCCCUCCCUCAUUGGGAUCUGGGUAGUCCUGCCGCCUCCUGUACAUUUCUCUCUCCCCCUCCUCCUCCUCCCCCCAACCCGGCGCAAAUCCAUCGCCGAGAUCCAAGUCCACCACACCGGACGAGCGGCAGCGGCAUUGGUUGAUCUCGCCGCCGACGUCGGACGAGGGCGGCGCCGCCGGCAUGCGCCCGCAAGGCCAGGAUCCGUCCGCCCGCGACCGCGACGCUUGGAUCUGAUCCUCUCCGGCCGCCGAGACACAGCGCGCAGCAGCGUGGCAGGAGGGGAGGAGGAGGAGGAGAAGAUAGAGACGGAAGCCACGCGCUGCUAGCUAGGGUUUGUUCCAUCUCCCUCUCUCGCUCGCCCUCUCUCUCCCGAGGAGAGGAGAGGCGGAGGGAUGUCGUCGUCGAACUCGCCGUGCGCGGCGUGCAAGCUGCUGAGGCGCAAGUGCACGCAGGGGUGCGUGUUCGCGCCCUACUUCCCGCCGGACCAGCCGGCCAAGUUCGCCAACGUGCACAAGGUGUUCGGCGCCAGCAACGUCUCCAAGCUGCUCAACGAGCUCCCCGUGGCGCAGCGGGAGGACGCCGUCAACUCGCUCGCAUACGAGGCCGAGGCGCGCCUGCGCGACCCCGUCUACGGCUGCGUCGCCUACAUCUCCGUCCUCCAGCUCAAGAUCAAGCAGGUGCGCGAGGAGAUCGCCAACGCGCGCAAGGAGCUCGCCGGCUACAUCGGCCAGGCCGCCUACGCGCCCGUCGUCCCCGUGCAGCACCCCCACGCCGCGCAGUACGCCGCCGGCAUGGCCCUCGUCCAGCCCCACCCGCACCCGCACCAGCAGAUGGCGAUGCAGCAGCAGCACCCGUACCACCAGCAGCAGAUCGCCGACGCGCAGCACCUGGCGGCCGCCGUCGAGGUGGCGCGCGCCGGGCAGCAGCAGCAGCAGCAUCACCACCAGCACCAGCAGCACGAGAUGAUGAUGAUGCGCCAGACCUACGCCAACGUCCACGGCGGGGCCGCCGCCGGGCCAACGGUGGCCGUCGAGCCUCCCCAGGCCGCGGCCUACGACGGCACCGCCCCGUUCCUCAUCCAGCAGCAAGCGUCGCCUUCCGCCCUGACCUACCGCAUGGAGGAGCCGUCCCCGCCGCCGCAGUCCUCGGGCCACUCCCACGUCGACAUGUCCCACGCGCCGCAGCAGCAGCGUCAUCAGCACACGGACGGCAGCGACGAGGGGAGCGGGGGCGCCCCGCCGGCCUGAUGGCCAUGCUCCCGCCUCCUUCGCCGUGUGUCGAUAUUUCCCCCCUAGCUUGUUUUUUUUCACGGUUUCUUUGAUGUUCAUUUGUUGGACUCGAGUCUUUUCGUCUUCUUGCGGAUCAUACGAUAUCGAACUGGCAUCGCCAUGGCUCCCCGGAAAGCAUAUCCAUGGCUCCCGGAGGCGGACAAGCUGGUGAUCUUGCUCAAGGCUCUUCAUCAGCUGCCUUUAUCCCUCACAAGAGUGACAGCCAAAUAAAUGCAGACCAGAAACAGAGGUAGCAAAGAGAAACUUAUGAAGGGAGGUGCAGAUAGAGACAGUGAAACAUGCAUGCAAGGUGUGCGUGCAAAGGGGAGCAAACAGUGAAGCAUGCAGCUGGGGCACAGUCAGGGAGAAUUAGCGGCCAGCAAGCAUAAAAAAAAUAGACUACGUACCAGAAAGUUAAGCAGAAAAACAGCAAAAGAUUUUUAGUUCUUCUGCAUUAUGCUUUUCGACUAGUAUAGUGGCUACAUAUAUUUCUUCUCUUCCGGAUUUGUUUCUGUUCAUGGAGUUCACUAUAGCAUGAUGUUUUGUUUUGCGCUUUGA